AAUCAGACGUCCUGUAUGUUCCGGCGGCGUAGAGAGAAUGAAGAUACCGAACUAAACAUGUCGGCUUUUUGAACCUGGAGAUGAGAGGGGAGCCUACACCGGCAUGGGACUCUGGGAACGACACCAUUUGGGACGACUACACUGACAUGGUCUUUGUGGUGGCAAACAGCUUGAUCCUGUUGAUCACUUCUGCUGUGGGGAUCGCAGCCAAUCUUUUUGUCAUACUGGCAGUUUGCCACCAAAAAACCCUUCAAACUGCGAUGAAUGCGCUGGUGGUGAAUCUUGCGGUCAUAGACAUUCUGAGGUGUGUGAUUGACUGCCCCGUUCUCUUUACCAUCGUUCUGAACGUGCAUCAAAGAGGACAUGCCGACAAGUUGAUCUGUGAUGUGCAAGUGGCCGUUUUCUCUUUCAGCUGCUGCAUCCAACUGUUGACGCUCACCUGUAUAAGUGCAGAGAGGUACCAGGCCAUUGCCCGACCCUUUAAAACCAGUGAAAGGCGAAGACGGAUUAUGGUGCAGAUUCCUCUUAUGUGGAUCUUGGCUAUUCUGGUGGCGUUUUUUUGUCUGAUAUUUAUGAAGGACUCACCUGUGUAUGUCAAAUGCAAAGGAUUAUUUGGAGAAACAUCCCCCUCCUACGACACCUUUGGGCUUUACAUGUUGUUCCCGCUUUGGGCAGCUUGCUUUACUGUCAUCAUUUUAUUCUACGCUAGCAUCUUUGCCAUUGUGAGAUCACACAAUCGCAAGAUAUUUGACAAAGGUAUUCCAUGUGUUUCAAAGACAGAAGAUGAGCAGAAGAAAAAAGAAACCACAGCUGUGAAAAAUGGACCCGCAAAAUCCAAGCAAAACCUAACCCUGAGCAGAAAUGUUGCGUCAGAGGUAACUGACUUGAAAACAGAACAACCUCAACCUCCUGCUUUGAAGGUUGCUGUGCAGACGGAUUUUAAAACAGAGCAGUCCAACUCCUCUGGCAUAAAAGUUGAAGCAAAACCACCGAAUGGAGGUGAAAGAUUGACCACGAUGCCGCAGGUGUCGAGCAAUUUUGACACAGAAAGACAGCCCGAAGAGAGCGUGAAAAUGGUCAAAGCGCCCUCUGAAAUGAAAGAACCCUCUCCUUGUCCUCCCGCCUCUGCACAGUUAGAAAAGUGCCAAUUCACUUCGGUUUUACUGAUUGGAAUAAAAGAAGCUGAGAACAGCAGUGGAGGAGCAACACGGGCAGAUCAAGUGUCUUCAUUACCUCCUGUCUUAAAUAAUAACUCUGACACAGGAGCUACAAAACAAAGUGUGCAGGUGGAAGGUGCUGUUUGCAUGAUGCCUUCCAAAGCGAGUAAAGAACGAGUGCACAAAAAGAAGGAAAGCCAAAUGGCGAAGCGAGCAGGCUACAUCAUUUUGUCCUUCAUCUUGUUCUGGUUACCGUUGAUAACAACUAUCCUGAUGAAUUAUGUUGAUCAUGGCAACAAGAACACAGUAAAUAUUUCUCAGAUCAAUCUGGACUUCCUGUCAGUCUCUGUAGCUUGUAUCACAUCUCUGAGUGACCCUAUAAUAUAUGCUGCAGUGAACCCUCAGUUCCAGACAGAGUUUUAUAGGAUUAAAAACAAGUUUGUGUCCAUAUUUAAUAAGACAUGAUCAUGUUUUCGCUUCUAUCUUCUUUUGAAUGGCACUAGUCAAAAUAACCAAAUUUAUUUUAAUCUAAAUUCGUUUGUCUAGUUUCUUCUCAAAUAUAAAAAUAAUUGGUUUUCUUUUUAAAUGUUGGUAUAUUAUUCUGGAUGCUGCUGCGUUAUCUUAGACUUCAUGCAGCAGUUGCUUAACACUGCAGAGCAGAGGCUGCGCAUGCUGCCAGAAAACAACCCGGACUGAAGCAAUCAGCGCAGCAGAGGGAUGCUGUCCCCCGAGCUCUCUGUCAAACAAUCACCAAGGUCUGCUCGUCCGUCCACAGAGACUCUGCAAGCAGGACCGACCACUGGGACAGUCAGGCCCUCACAUGUCCUCCAGCAUCACCUAUAAUUAUUAUCCCCAUCUGCUGAUGUUAAUAAAUUGACGUUAAUAAAUUCAUCCAAUUGCGCUCUGGUGAAAAGAAAAAAAAAAAA